AUGUUGGACAUGGGAUCAUCGUCGGGGAUAUUGAGGAUCGUAUAUGGCCGAGGAUUCUUGCGCCAAUAUGCAUCUGUACAAGGGCCUGUGGCCGGCAUGGUCAAGACAAUCCGGCCCGGUACCGGUGUGCGCGCCGUGGGGGGGUCCCAGAUACCUUCGGUGAAGCUCGCCAGAUUGACAUUGCUCGGCAAUCUCGAGUUCGAGCGAACCAGCUGGAAUACUUGUGCCUUGCAUAAGGCUACAGAUGGGAAAGUUCCCGUGACAUUGGUGCUGGGGUGGGCGCCGGGGCCAAUCGAGGAGGUUCCUGAGUUCUCCGAGAUAGAUAAGGAACCGCGGUCCGCAUCAGUAGAUAUUCGUGGGGCCAUCGGGACGGACGUCGUUCCGAUACCAUCGCCAUCUACCUAUGCUGUGAGGCUACGCCGUCGUUCUCGUUUUCGCCAUCGUGGAGAGUGGAAACCUAGGAACAACAAAGACGAUCAGCAAAUAAGCCGUCAAACCCCCUACUGGCCGAUUGAUAAUCUUAGGUGUAGUGAAGAGUUUGUAAGACUUUCGCAAUCUGCAUCCGAACCGGACGGAGAAAAAGUUUACGUCUACGGCAGUACCAAAAGCCACAUGUGCCGAAGGAAGGAAUGGCCGAUCAACCCCGCGGCUUCCUGA